AUGUGCACAGCAGGUGUGCAGACCCAGGAACUCAUCACAGGGAUGGUGGGAACCCUUCAUAAUGUGCACAGCAGGCGUGCAGACCCAGGAUCUCAGCACAGGGAUGGUGGGAACCCCUCAUAAUGGGCACAGCAGGUGUAAAGACCCAGAAACUCAGUGCAUAGAUGGUGGGAACCCCUCAUAAUGGACACAGUAGGUGUAAGGACCAAGGAACUCAAUGCAUGGAUGGUGGGAACCCAUCAUAAUGGGCACAGUAGGUGUAAAGACCCAGUAACUCAGUGCAUGAAUGGUAGGAAACCCUCAUAA